AUGGAUAUGACGAAUAAAAAUUACAUUCUAUUACCUGAUUUAAUCAGUACUUGUCCAUUCAAAAUUGAACGCAAUCCAGCAUACGAAUCAGCAUCAGGUGCAACAGAAGCUUGGCUUAACUCUUAUGGUAUUUCAUACAAAGAAUCGACACACAAUUAUUGUCUUAUUUCAGCAUUAGCCAUUCCACAAUGUAGUCCAGCUAAAUUGCGUGAAGCGUGUGAUAUCUGGACAUUACUUUUCUUGAUCGACGAUAUUCUGGAUAGUGCUCAUAUUUCAGAAGAUGGUGAUCGAUCUAAAGAAGAAUUAUCCAAGAAUAUGAUCGAAUGUUUGCAGCCAGCGGGUUCAUUCAAACCAUUAACACCGUUCGCUGCUGCUCUUCAUGAUUGGUGGCAGCGAAUUCUCAUCAAUAUUACACCUGGUUGUCGAGAGCGUUUUCUCACUGCCUAUCGAACUUCAAGUGAAACUAUACUUCUUCAAGAUGUUGAUCAAAAGAAUCGUCGAACUAUUCCUGAUUUAGACACAUACAUUAAGUUCCGUCGAGAUACAGGCUUUGCACCUCCAGUAUUUGUCUUCAUUGAGUACAGUCUCGAACUUGAUUCACUUGACGAAUGCUGGGAAAAUGAUACAUUCAGACGCCUUCUCGAUUAUACAAAUGAUGCUGCUGCAUGGGCUAAUGAUAUUUAUUCAUUUAAUGUUGAACAAGCGAAAGGUGACUACAAUCUCAUCUCAGUACUUAUGCAUGCUGAUCCAUCGCUGACCAUUCAACAAGCGAUAGAUCGAGCUGGACAGAUGAUUAUCGAUCGUUACGCUGAUUUCCAGCGUGUUCGAAGUGAAUUAGUAUCAUGGGGUACUAAAAUUGAUAAUCAAGUAGAAAAAUUCGUCAAUGGUAUGGCUGAGAUGAUUAUUGGAAAUGCCGUGUGGAGUUUCGAAACGCCUAGAUAUUUUGGAACAGACAGAGAAGAAGUCAAGAGAACGAGACGUGUUGCAUUGCUAGCACCUGUGCAAGAACAUCUCAUUGAAACAACAUGUAAACAAGAGAAAAAUUCAAAUGGCAACCCAAGUGAAGAUGCUUCUUCUCAACAGACUAUUCAUCAAGAUCAAUCAACUUUCAACAGCUUAUCAAAUGCUAAAUACAUGGAUAAAAUUUUACAACCAUUUGAUUACUUGAAAUCUUUACCUGGCAAAAAUAUUCGAACAAAACUAAUUCAUGCUUUCAAUUACUGGCUAAAAACAUCUGAUGAAAAAUUAAUUAUUAUCGAUGACAUUAUCGAUAAACUUCACAAUGCAAGUUUAUUACUUGAUGAUAUUGAAGAUGGAUCUUCAAUUAGACGAGGUGUCGCAGCUGCUCAUACAAUAUAUGGAAUCCCGUUAACAAUCAAUACAGCAGAACUUGUCUGUUUUCUCGCUAUACAAACAGCAUUUAAACUUGAUCAUCCGCGUGUAGGAUCCAUUCUAGUUGAUCAUAUGAUUGAGUUGCACAAGGGUCAAGGCCUUGAUAUUUGGUGGCGCGAUAAUCAUAUUUGUCCAUCAGAAGACGAGUAUUGCCAAAUGAUUACUGGUAAAUCUGGAGGACUCUUUCAUUUGGCUAUAGAACUUUUACGACUCUUUUCGCCAAUGCAAUCUGAUAUCAAGAAAAACAAGUUAAUUGAUGAUUUAUGUCAAGCUCUCACAUUCCUCUUUCAAAUUCGUGAUGAUUACUGCAAUUUAGUUUCAGAAGAAUAUACACAAAACAAGUCGUACUGUGAAGACUUGAGUGAAGGCAAAUUUUCAUUUCCAAUUAUUCACGCUCUUAAUGCUCGUCCAGAUGAUUCUCGACUCAGUGGCAUUCUCAAACAGCAUACAGACAAUAUUGAUUUUAAACGAGAAGCCAUUAAACUGUUACAUGAGUUUGGUUCAAUCGAAUAUACACGAGAUAUAUGUCUCAAGCUGGCCAACAAAUGCAAUGAGAUUAUAGAUAAACUAGAAGGCAAUCUUUAUCUGAGCAUGAUUAUUAGUCAAUUAGCAGUUAUUUGUCAAGUUCCAGCAGAAAAUAAAAUGGAACAACUCAAACAAACUGUUUAA